AUGUCUUUUAACAAACGCAAAGAUAAAACUACCCUUACUAACAAACAAAGACAAGACAUCAUUGUACACAAAAAUAAAACCCCUAAUAUUAGCAAUGUUGAGCUUGUCGAUUGGGUUAAAAAAGAGUUCAAACUUGAUGUUCAUCCAACUACUAUUGGGCGCCUAUUAAAAAAUAAAGAUGAUAUCAGAAAUAAUCCCUCCGCCAAAAGACAAAGAACAGUUCAUCAUCUGGAUCUUGAAAAUGCAUUACUUGA